GCCAUGCAUUGCUAUAUUAUGGUACGUUAAAUACAUUAUAAUAUUAACUUGGUUGGCUUAAAGAGUUGAUCAACAUUAAUUUGACUGUGUCGUUAUUGAUUAUAUAUCACUUUAGAUAAGGAAAAUCCAAGUGUUUUGUGUCCAAGUAGCUUUGAUGUACCUAAUGAUGAUGGGUCAGCUGUAGCUGUAGUCAGCUGGUCAGUCAAUGUCACGGACAACACAGAUUCUAUAUAUGAAGUAAUAGUGUCAGGCUCUGGUACAGAGUACAACGAAUCUGGACACGCAUUUCCUGUUGGCACGACAACAUUAGACUAUGUUGUUACAGAUGCAUUUGAUAACGCAGACAACUGUUCCUUCACAGUAACUGUCAGUGAUACUGAAGAACCUAUGUUACAAUGUCCCGAUGAUAUUGAUAUAGCAUUAACCAAUCCGGGUCAGCCAUAUUCGACAGUAUAUUGGAAUAUAUCAGUAAGUGACAAUUCAGGGAGUGUGACAUGGAAUUGUAGCAGAGUAUCUGGUGACAGGUUUGACGUCAUUUGGCCAAUUGAACGACAGAAUGUAUCAUGCGAAGCUGAGGAUGUGCAUGGCAAUACUGCAGAAUGUGUAUUUUAUGUUACUGUAAUUGAUGUAGAAAAUCCAAGUAUUUUGUGCCCAAGUAACGUUGAUGUACCUACUGAUGAGGGAUCAGCCAUAGCAGUGGUCAGCUGGUCAGUCAACUACUCAGACAACACAGAUUCUAUAUAUGACCUGGUAUUGUCAGGUUCUAAUACAGAGUACAUUUUUGAUGUACUUGGAUAUGCGUUUUCCGUUGGCACGACAACAUUAAACUAUGUUAUUACAGACGUAUUUGGAAAUACAGACAACUGUUCCUUCACAAUAACUGUCCGAGAUACUGGAAAACCUAUGUUACAAUGUCCUGAUGACAUUGAUGUAGCAUUAACCGAUCCGGGUCAGCCAUAUUCAACUCUAUAUUGGAAUGUAUCAGUAAGUGACAAUUCAGGGAGUGUGACACGGAAUUGUAGUAGAGUAUCUGGUGACAGGUUUGACGUCAUUUGGCCAAUUGAACGACAGAAUGUAUCAUGCGAAGCUGAGGAUGUGCAUGGCAAUACUGCAGAAUGUGUAUUUUAUAUUACUGUAAUUGAUGAAGAAAAUCCAAGUGUUUCAUGUCCAAGUAGCAUUGAUGUACCUAAUGAUGAUGGGUCAGCUGUAGCUGUGGUCAGCUGGUCAGUCAAUGUCACGGACAACACAGAUUCUAUAUAUGAAGUAAUAGUGUCAGGCUCUGGUACAGAGUACAACGAAUCUGGACAAGCAUUUCCUGUUGGUAUGACAACAUUAUACUAUGUUGUUACAGACGCAUUUGGAAACACAGACAACUGUUCCUUCACAAUAACUGUCCGAGAUACCGGAGAACCCAUGUUACAAUGUCCCAAUGACAUUAAUUUAGCAUUAACUGAUCCGGGUCAGCCAUAUUCAACUGUAUAUUGGAAUGUAUCAGUAAGUGACAAUUCAGGGAGUGUAACAUGGAAUUGUAGCAGAGUAUCUGGUGACAGGUUUGACGUCAUCUGGCCAAUUGAACGACAGAAUGUAUCAUGCGAAGCUGAGGAUGCGCAUGGCAAUACUGCAGAAUGUGUAUUUUAUGUUACUGUAAUUGAUGAAGAAAAUCCAAGUGUUUCAUGUCCAAGAAGCGUUGGUGUACCUAAUGAUGAUGGAUCAGCCGUAGCAGUGGUCAGCUGGUCAGUCAAUGUCACCGACAACACAGAUUCUAUGUAUGAAGUAAUAGUGUCAGGCUCUGGUACAGAGUACAACGAAACUGGACAAGCAUUUCCUGUUGGCAUGACAACUUUAGACUAUGUUGUUACAGACGCAUUUGGAAACACAGAAAACUGUUCCUUCACAAUAACUGUCCAAGAUACUAGAGAACCUAUGUUGCAAUGUCCCAAUGACAUUGAUGUAGCAUUAACUGAUCCGGAUCAGCCUUAUUCGACUGUAUAUUGGAAUGUAUCAGUAAGUGACAACUCAGGGAGUGUGACAUGGAAUUGUAGCAAAAUAUCUGGUGACAGAUUUUAUGUCAUCUGGCCAACUGAACGACAGAAUGUAUCAUGCGAGGCUGAGGAUGCGCAUGGCAAUACUGCAGAAUGUGUAUUUUAUGUUACUGUAAUCGAUAAAGAAACUCCGAGUAUUUCAUGUCCAAGUAACAUUGAUGUAUCCACUGAUGAUGGGUCGGCUGUAGCACUAGUGAGUUGGUUAGUGAACGUCACAGACAACUCAGGUUCUAUAUAUGAAGUGACAGUUUCUGGAUCAGGUACAGAGUACAACAAAUCUGAACACGCGUUUCCUGUUGGCAUCACAGCAUUAGACUAUGUUGCUACAGAUGCAUUUGGUAACACAGACAACUGUUCCUUCACAGUAACUGUCAGAGAUACCGGAGAACCCAUGUUAAAAUGUCCCAAUGACAUUAAUUUAGCAUUAACUGAUCCGGGUCAGCCAUAUUCAACUGUAUAUUGGAAUGUAUCAGUAAGUGACAAUUCAGGGAGUGUGACAUGGAAUUGUAGCAGAGUAUCUGGUGACAGGUUUGACGUCAUUUGGCCAAUUGAACGACAGAAUGUAUCAUGCGAAGCUGAGGAUGUGCAUGGCAAUACUGCAGAAUGUGUAUUUUAUAUUACUGUAAUUG